AGUAGUAGCUCGUCCAACUCGGUCGGUUGCUCAACGUCGCGCAAUCCGACGGCGACAACGUUCUCGCGAGUCCUCGCUCGACGUGCCGGCGAUUCGAUCUGGUGGCGUAUCGAGCGCACCACCUUCCAAGAAAACUGUCCCUCCAUCGAAAGGUCCGUCGUCCCUUCACGCGAGCCAACCGAUUAAUUGACGGCACAGUGUGAUUUCGGGACGUAGUCGCGAUUGCGCGAGCGUGAUCGAGCGGGGGCGAGCCGCCGCGCGAUUCGUUUAGCAGUUCGGAGUUCGAUUCCGAUGAAACGUAAUCUCCGCGCGUGAAUGAUGCCGGCGAUCCGAUUUGCACGUGAUUAAUAACCGUAAACGGGAAUUUUUGAGCCGCGACGAGAGAAAGAGAGAGAAAGGUGCACGUCGUCGGUUUUCAGUUGGCGGGCCCGAUUAUCCUUUUGGCUUGAUUAAAAAAAAAGAACAAAGCAAAAGCAAAGGCAAAACCGAGAGCGGGCGGACUAAAUCUUAUCUCUUUCCUCUGUGCGCCUUGCGGGAUAAAUCUCGGUGGGCGGACCUCUCUUCCGUAACGACACCGCACGCCGUGUGGUAAACCACUCCAAACUCGUCGUUGCACCUGGGAGGUCGUCCCCUGGGAGCUCAAUACCUCGGCUUUUAUCGACGCGGGGCGGGUGGUGAUGCUUUUGUCUCUCCGACGGGAUUUAGCCGUGCGAAAAUCGAGAGCCACAUCAAUGCCGAAGUCGGCAACUAAGUGGAGAUUCUGGAGAAAGUCCAGGAGGGCUGUUCUCGAGGAGGACAACCAAAAGGAGAGUAAGCGCAAGCGCUCGGCACCGGCAGUGGUCGUAACGCAGGUGAUCAGGCAGGAUUACGAUCAGCUAACCGAACAGAAAGUAUCGGAACAAAAAGUAUCGGAACAGAAAGUACCGAAACAAAAAGUACCGGAACAAAAAGUACCGGAACAAAAAGUACCGGAACAAAAAGUACCGGAACAAAAAGUACCGAAACAGAAAGUAUUAGAAGCAACGGACAUCAGGAGGAAGAUGGAUCAUCCACUGAACAGUCGGCUAUCGCCGAAGGUCACGCCGAUCACGGACGACUACGAGAUCAGCAAUCAUGUCCUGGGUCUUGGGAUCAACGGGAAGGUCGUGCAGUGCUACGACAAAAACACGAGACAGAAAUACGCUCUUAAGGUCCUACAUGAUUGUGCAAAAGCGCGAAGAGAAGUCGAGCUUCACUGGAGAGCAUCGAAUUGUAGGCACAUAGUCCAAGUCAAGGAUGUGUAUGAAAAUUCCUACAGCGGGAACAAAUGUCUGCUAGUAGUCAUGGAAUGCAUGGAGGGCGGAGAGUUGUUCCAAAGGAUACAAGACAGGCAAGACGGCGCUUUUACCGAAAGAGAGGCCGCGCAAGUGAUGUACGAGAUCUGCGUCGCGGUGAAGCAUCUACACGACAUGAACAUCACUCAUAGGGAUCUAAAACCCGAAAAUCUUUUAUAUUCCAGACCUGACAUCACUGGAAUCCUAAAACUCACCGAUUUUGGAUUUGCUAAAGAAACGCACUUGAAAGACACAUUACAGACGCCAUGUUACACACCUUAUUAUGUCGCUCCGGAAGUUUUGGGACCAGAAAAAUAUGAUAAGAGCUGUGAUAUUUGGUCGUUGGGAGUAAUUAUGUAUAUAUUAUUAUGCGGCUUUCCACCAUUCUAUAGCAACCACGGACUAGCGAUCUCGCCUGGAAUGAAAAAGAGGAUCCGAUUAGGGCAAUACGACUUUCCUAGUCCGGAAUGGUCAAACGUGAGCCAAGAAGCUAAGAACCUUAUUAAGGGUAUGCUGUGUAUAGAUCCAGCGGAAAGGUUGCAGAUUGACUCCGUGAUGCGUAACAACUGGAUCGCCAAAUAUAUGGAAGUACCCCCCACUCCUUUACACACCGGACGCGUUCUACGCGAGGGAGAGGAAAUGUGGCCUGAGGUACAAGAGGAGAUGACGCGAUCGCUGGCGACGAUGCGCGUCGACUACGACACGGCGGCUUUAAAACAGCUCGAUCACACGAACAAUCCUCUAUUAAAUAAACGUAGACGCGCGAAACAAUCCGCGAACAACACGACGGUGCCCACGCCCGCCUCCUAGGAAGAGGACAUUGUCGGAGCCAGACGAAACUGGACAUGUUUUCUACGGAGGUGCGUCAGAUACAGCGUGAUCACAACGAGGAUCGUUUUCUGACUGCUGCAUUUUACGAAGCGAAAGAAAUUCCGAAGUAGAGUAGUAUUGAAGAGCACUUAGAUCGCAUGAUUUACGCUUAUCGAUAUCUGAAUUAGAUCUUAAUUAGAAGAGAGAUCAAUUUUAUUAGAGCGGUAACAAUAACGCACGCAACAAGGACAAUAUUGCUCCAGCAAACGUAAGUGAUGUUUUUUUAAUUAUUGAACGAUAUCAUGAUCUUUCUUAAAUUACAAAAUAUAUUUUAAAAUAUAUAUACGUUACAUUAAUUAUAAAAUUGAACAACGACUUAUGUGGUAGGGCAAACGUUAUUAAUGCGAAGCAUUAAUGUUAUAUGUUUGUCGUCAGUUCAAUUUCUAUCAGACCUAAUAUAAUAAUAAUUGUUAUUGUUCGAAAAUAAUGGCCUUUAGAGGCGCUAAAUAGAAACAAUCGAUGCUGUUAAA